CGGCUGAGGUCCUCUGCGAGGUCGUUGUACCGUCAUAAUCAUCUCUACGUGAAGCAGCAUUGAACGUCACACUUCUCCGGAAAUGCCUCCAUCAGCUACAGAGGCCGCAGUGGCCAAGGUCAAGGGCAUCGAGGCGAAGGUCUUGCCCGCGAAGGAAUCCCAAUCUGCGUCCAACCUGGCAUCUCAAGAUGAGGCGCUGCCGGAGGUCCGUACAGGCCACGAAGAGCCGCUCAAGCCGUCCGGCGCUCUGGACCAGUUCGAUCACUUUGACGUGACGCCUAUUAUCGGCCGCGAGUAUCCGACAGUGGACCUAAAGGAGCUCAUGAGGGCCCCAAACUCUGACGAACUGAUCCGCGACCUGGCAAUCACAAUCUCACAACGCGGCGUCGUCUUCUUCCGCAAGCAGGACAACAUCGAUAACGACCUGCAGAAGGAGCUCGUCCAGCGACUAGGCGAGCUUUCGGGGAAGCCGUCGACCUCGAAGCUCCACAUCCACCCCGUCAACAACUCCGGCAGAGGCGAGACCCAAGACGACGAGAUCAGCGUCAUUUCGUCGGCACAGUCAAAGAGGCUGGGCCUGAACCACUUCCUAAACUAUGACAAGAAACAGACGCAAAAGGGGCAAUGGCACUCGGACAUAACCUUCGAGCCGGUGCCGAGCGACUACUCUCUGCUGCGCCUCACGAAACUUCCAAAGACUGGGGGAGACACCCUCUGGGCCUCGGGAUACGAGUUAUACGACCGGAUAUCGAAGCCGCUGCAGGGGUUCCUCGAAACCCUGACGGCGACGUACGCGCAGCCGGGCUUCAACGCGACGGCGAAGAAGAACGGGUUCUCGCUCUUCAAGGAGGCCCGCGGCGCGCCCGAGAACGUCGGCGAGCUCCUCGAGGCCGUCCACCCCGUCGUCCGCACCAACCCGGUGACGGGGUGGAAGAGCGUCUUCGCCGUGGGCCAGCACGUGUCCAGAAUCAACGGGCUGUCGGAGGACGAGUCGAGGCACUUCCUCGACUGGUUCAUACAGUUGAUCGUCGAGAACCACGACCUGCAGGUGCGGAAUCGCUGGCAGAACGUGAACGACAUCGCCAUCUGGGACAACCGCUCAGUGUACCACGCAGCAACGCCGGACUACCUGAACGAGGACCUGGGGGAGAGGAAAGGUUCACGCGCGGUGGGCAUCGGGGAGAGACCAUACUUUGACCCCCAGAGCCUGAGUAGACGGGAGGCCCUGCGGGCCGAUGCCAUCGCCAGCUUGAAGUCAGACUUGAGCUGAAGGGGAGAAAGAAGCGUAACAAGUAUAGUCCAGAUGCUAUGGGCUUUGCUGGGGGUAGAUUCAGGGAGCUAUGUGCGGGGUCGACCAGGUCGGGAGUUGGCCUCGGGCUCUCGGUGGUAUAUUAUUGUCUACGAAUGGGUUGGUGCGUCCUGUGCGUCGACAAAUACACAGUUUCUGGCUUGCUCUCAUCGUUUUUUUGGAUACAUAUCUUGAACACAUCAUUUCGCCCGUACCUAAACAGAAUAUUAUCGUGGAUAGAGUUCAGGCGAAGGAUGAGGGUGAGGUCGCAAGCCAACUAGUGCUCGCUCUCUCUCCCGGCUCCCAGCAGAGUUCAUAGACAACCCUGUGGCCGUUGCAACUGCUGGGUUAAACAGUGAGCUAGGGCAUGUGCAUGCGGUGUGCAUCUCAUAUCAGUUGCUGAGAUCUAAGAUGAGAAAGAUGAUGAAGGCGAAGAAGAAGAAGACGGUCGCCAUCCCACGAAAAAGCACG